GCACUGAAACUAUGAGGCUCUGGCCUCCACUGGCCACUCACUCAUAACCCCUUACACCACGGCGGAGCCUUCCAAGCCUACCUCCUGCCGUGUGGUGAUCUACCUGCAGCGGGAGAUGUCGGGGGAUACCUGUCUGUGCCCAGCAUCUGGGGCCAAGCCGAAGCUAAGUGGCUUCAAGGGAGGAGGGCUGGGCAACAAGUACGUCCAGCUCAACGUGGGUGGCUCCCUGUACUAUACCACCGUGCGGGCACUCACCCGGCAUGACACCAUGCUCAAGGCCAUGUUCAGCGGACGCAUGGAGGUGCUGACUGACAAAGAAGGUUGGAUCCUCAUAGACCGAUGUGGAAAGCACUUCGGCACCAUUUUGAAUUACCUCCGGGAUGACACCAUCACCCUCCCUCAAAACCGGCAGGAAAUCAAGGAGUUGAUGGCUGAAGCAAAAUAUUACCUCAUUCAGGGGCUGGUGAACAUGUGCCAAACUGCCCUGCAGGACAAGAAGGACUCCUACCAGCCUGUGUGCAACAUCCCUAUCAUCACAUCCCUGAAGGAGGAGGAGAGGCUCAUUGAAUCCUCUACUAAGCCUGUGGUGAAGCUGCUGUACAAUCGGAGCAACAACAAGUACUCCUACACCAGCAACUCUGACGACCACUUGCUGAAGAACAUCGAGCUGUUUGACAAGCUCUCCCUGCGCUUCAACGGCCGUGUGCUCUUCAUCAAGGACGUCAUUGGUGACGAGAUCUGCUGCUGGUCCUUCUACGGCCAGGGUCGCAAGCUGGCAGAGGUGUGCUGCACCUCCAUUGUAUAUGCCACGGAGAAGAAGCAGACCAAGGUGGAAUUUCCAGAGGCCCGAAUCUAUGAGGAGACACUCAAUGUCCUACUCUAUGAAACCCCCCGAGUCCCUGACAACUCCUUAUUGGAGGCCACAAGCCGAAGCCAUAGCCAGGCUUCCCCCAGUGAAGACGAGGAAACCUUUGAACUGCGGGACCGUGUCCGUCGCAUCCACGUCAAGCGCUAUAGCACUUAUGAUGACCGGCAGCUCGGCCACCAAUCUGCCCAUCGCGACUGACAAGACCCUCAGGGAGUCAGAGCACAGGAAGCCCUGUCUCCCCUCCUGUGGAACCCCACCCCAUUGGCCACUCCAUGCUGCUGCUGGCUGGGUCUCUUACACCCCCAGAGGCAUGACAGGCUCUGCCUGGGAGGUCAGGGGGCCUGAGAAGAGGGGAGACCACAUUCCUUUGCCUUGUCUCCUGAGCACUUCCAGAUGACUGAGUCCUGUCCUCUUUGCUCAGCCUCUCGCUGCCCAACAGGGAGCUGCUUCUGCUCUAUGGUGAAUGGAGUGACCUGCCCACCUGCCAAGAACAUUCCCCUAGGCCCUUUGCUGAGUGCCCCUUUCCUCUGCUGAAGAGCUACUACCCCUUAGGCCUCAGCUGAAGCCCAUGGGGAAUGGGUUCAUUCUAGGGGAAAGGUGGCUUCUGGUGCUGCGGAGGCCCAGUUUUUAAACAGAAGAUGAGGCUUCUUUUUCCUAAGGUGUUUAAGUACAGGCUUGAUGGGUUUGGUUUUUUUAAAAAUAAUCUAGGAAAUGAAUAGUUUAAGUCUAAUAAUGAGGGGACUGGGCAUUUCUGUUACCCCUCCGGGAUGUCAAAACCCUGCAUAUGACAGAACCCUUGGCCUUGCUCAAUGCCCUUGGGAAUCUGUUUCUUUAAAGCACUUUCUACCAUUCA